UAGGCUUUCCGGUCUUCAACUGCUGGCUCCUUCUCCUUCUGCUUCGUCUGCCACUCGUCUCUCCCGGUUUCGAACACAAAGCAUAAACCAAACCCAUUGCUCAAAUUCCACUCGUCUCCUUCUCCACUUUUCCUUCGAUUCCUGCUUCAAUGGCGAGCUAGAACUCUCUUCUUUCUGUUUCUUUCUGUUGCACAAAUGGACUGUUCCUGAUUCCUGCCGAAAUGUGUGAUACGAAUCGAUUUCAACUCCGUCUGUUUGGGUUUUGUCGCUUUCGGAUUCAAUUAUCAAUCUCUUUCAUCGCUUCUCCACACCGCCUGUCCGGCGAUUUCGUUGAAGAUUUGUGUAGUUUAGGAGUUUUUAGUUAUGGUGUCUGCUAAUGACCCAAUCGAAUCCUUUUUCAACUCGAUUCAAGUCGUUAAAGAAGCGCUUUCUCCUGUUGAAUUUGGCUUCCGGAAAGUGGCUAAAGAUCUUGAGUACUGUUUCCCGAGGCAUAAUAAUGAAGAGAAUUUUACUAGAUUGAUUUUGCGACCUAAGGAUGAGGAUAAGAAGAGCGAAGGUGAGAUCUGUGGUACGAAGAAGCGGGGUCCUUCUGUCGUUAGAGAUAAGCAGAAACAAGGCCUAUUGAUUAAGGUUCCAGUAAAGGCUUUAUUCGGAAAUUUGUCGCAGAGUAAUGGAAAUUCGGAGGCUUCUGAGAAUGCAUUGAAAGAGGAAGAUUUGGCUAAGGAUAAGGCCUCUUGUGCAAACUGCUUGCAGUUUGCAGUCUCUUGGUCUCUAUUGGUUAACACUGUCGUUCAGGCACUUCCCCGUCCUUUUAAAACAAUUAAGAAGCGAUUACAGAAAACGGAUGAGGAAGAAAAGGUAGGUUUGUGCAUGAAGCAAAAAAUUUUACGCGAGUCAAAACAGAGGCAAAAGGAGAAGCAUCAUACUAAUCCAUUGCAAGAAAGUUUGAGGCACGAUGAAGGCAAACUUGUGCCAUUUGAAUGCUUAAUUGGUUUUGUUUUUGAUCAGUUGACACAAAAUCUUCAUAAGUUUGACCCGGACGGGGCAGGAAAUGUUGAUGAAAGCAGUGAUAGUUCCCCACAAUCACCAUUGCCCCCUCUGAUUGAUCAUUUCAAGGCUGUGGCAAGCAUUUGGGAAGGUCGAAAAGCAGAAGUAAAUGGGUUUUUCGGGAACUUGCGGUUUGCAAGAGUUGGAGGUGUCCCAUCAGGCAUAGUGGGAGUCAGUUCUACUGUGAACGAGGGGGAUGAUGGGGUCUCUGCUCAGAAUAGGGAAGAAACUAGUGGCAUUUCACCACAGAAGCUAGCAAGUGGUAUCCUUAGCAUUCCUCUUUCUAACGUUGAACGCUUGCGAUCCACAUUGUCUACCGUGUCGUUGACAGAGCUUAUUGAGCUUUUACCACAUGUUGGGCGGUCUUCUAAAGAUUAUCCAGAUAAGAAGAAGCUGAUCUCAGUUCAGGACUUCUUCAGAUACACAGAGGCCGAAGGAAAGAGGUUCUUUGAGGAGCUGGAUAGGGACGGUGAUGGCCAAGUGAAUAUGGAGGAUCUUGAAAUUGCAAUUAGAAAGAGAAAAUUGCCCAAACGAUACGCCCGGGAGUUCAUGAAUCGCACUAGAAGUCACAUGUUUUCAAAGUCAUUUGGUUGGAAGCAAUUUUUGUCCUUCAUGGAACAGAAGGAACCAACCAUUCUACGUGCAUAUACUUCUCUCUGCCUGAGCAAGUCGGGAACUUUGCAAAAAAGUGAAAUAUUGGCAUCACUUAAGAAUGCUGGACUCCCAGCCAAUGAAGACAAUGCUGUUGCUAUGAUGCGAUUUCUGAAUGCAGACACAGAAGAAUCUAUCUCAUAUGGACAUUUCCGAAAUUUUAUGCUUCUUCUUCCUUCAGAUCGACUGCAGGAAGAUCCACGGAGUAUCUGGUUUGAAGCUGCUACAGUUGUUGCUGUUCCACCACCUGUGGAAAUACCUGCUGGCAGCGUUCUAAGAUCUGCAUUGGCUGGUGGCCUUUCUUGUGCUCUGUCUACUUCUUUAAUGUUCCCAAUCGAUACAAUCAAGACUCGUGUACAGGCAUCAACGUUGACUUUCCCUGAAAUCAUAUCCAGGAUUCCACAGAUUGGUGUGCGAGGUCUAUACCGCGGUUCUAUUCCUGCCAUUCUAGGACAGUUUUCAAGUCAUGGAUUACGAACUGGAAUAUUUGAAGCAACUAAACUUCUUUUGAUAAAUGUAGCUCCAACACUCCCAGACAUACAGGUUCAAUCCCUCGCAUCGUUCUGGAGUACAUUUUUGGGUACUGCAGUGCGGAUCCCAUGUGAGGUAUUAAAGCAGAGGUUGCAAGCAGGACUCUUUGACAAUGUAGGCCAGGCAAUUCUCGGGACUUGGAACCAAGAUGGCCUAAAGGGAUUCUUCCGUGGGACCGGUGCCACUCUUUGUAGGGAAGUUCCGUUCUAUGUUGCCGGCAUGGGACUUUAUGCUGAAUCCAAAAAGGCUGUUGAGAAACUUCUUUCACGGGAACUGGAACCAUGGGAAACAAUUGCAGUCGGAGCAUUGUCAGGUGGCCUCGCUGCUGUUGUUACCACACCUUUCGACGUAAUGAAAACAAGAAUGAUGACAGCCCAGGGUCGAUCAGUUUCAAUGUCGUUUGUUUUCAUUUCAAUUCUUCGCCACGAGGGCCCCAUCGGCUUGUUCAAAGGAGCAUUGCCCAGGUUCUUCUGGAUCGCCCCCUUAGGAGCCAUGAACUUUGCAGGCUAUGAACUAGCAAGGAAAGCAAUGGACAAAAAUGAAGAGCUAGCAGCAGCUCAACAAUUGUCUCAAAAGAAAGCAGCAGCAGCUGGUUCUGGUUAAAACUUUCACCCCCUUUUUUGGAUCAUACAUAUCUUCCUUCACGAGGCCGUGGUUUUGAGGCAUCAUCGUCGACGUAAAACCCGCAACCCUCUCUGUGGUUCUUCUGGGAUUUCCUUUUCCUCGCUAUAUUUUUACAGAAAUCAGUUGGAUUUUCAUGUUUGUUUCAAUCUAACUUCUUUUAGCUUUUCAUUUUUUUUCCUUGUGGAGACAUUUGAGCUUCCCUUUCUCUGGCUAUUUAGAUUAAAAAGAAAAAAAAAAAUACAUGCCUAGUGUAUUUUUGCCCGAACAAGUUCCAAGGUGCACAUUUUUGUACAUUUAUGCCACCUCUUAUGUUUUCCACGAUAUUCUCUACUACUUUUACAUGGAUAUAUACAUGGUUUUUA